AUGGAAGGUGGAGAAGGAGAAGGAAGUGCAUAUCAACCAUAUCAAACUUUAACAAACCUUUCUGUUUUUCAACAAGGUCCUUCAUUAACAGCCACUAAUACGUUUUUAAGGAGUCACCAAAGUCCGUUUUCUUUCCACCUAAGUGCAAACAAUAAUAAAAGCAUUUUUACUCAAUGUGGUGGUUUCUAUGAUUUUUCUUCUUGUAGCAAUGGUGCAAGUGGCAGUAGUAGUCAUGCAAAUGGGAUUUCUUGGAAAAGUUUUCUAGAGCCUAGCUUAAUGAAUAGCAUUCUGUUUAUUGAACAAAAUGCUCUUCACUGGAAUAAUGAAGAGAAUGACAUGACACAAGAGAUGAUAUCAUCUCCAAAGAAUUCAAAAGAGACCGGAAAAAGGACAAAAGAAGGGGCUUCAACUACUGUGCUAGUCAAGGGUCAGUGGACCGAAGAAGAAGACAGGAAAUUGGUGAAGUUGGUAAAGCAGUUUGGAAUAAGGAGAUGGGCUCAGAUAGCUGAGAAUAUGGUCGGUAGAGCAGGAAAACAGUGUCGCGAGAGAUGGCAUAACCAUUUGCGUCCAGAUAUCAAGAAAGACACAUGGAGUGAAGAAGAAGAAUUGACGUUAGUGGAAGCACAUAAGCAAAUAGGAAACAAAUGGGCAGAGAUUGCUAAAAGAAUUCCUGGAAGGACAGAGAACGCAAUUAAGAAUCACUGGAAUGCCGCUAAAAGAAGGCAAAAUUCGGGAGAAACAAGUUGA